AUCGGUACCAGGGUGCAUUGCGGCAAAAUGGCUGCCCCCAGGGGGUACUACACUGGUCUAGCUCGGGCCUUGUUAGGGGCCUGGCAGGUGGUUUCGCAUGCAGGGAGGGAAUGGGUUGCUCUGCCCGGCUGUCUUCCAGGUAGCCAAGUGAGGUGCGUGUCCUGUGUCGUGGGCGCCACUCUCUCUAGUCCCCUCCUGGCCUCAGCCUCUAGUCGUUAUGGCCAGGACUCUGCCUUGGACCGUAUCCUUGGAUUUCCUCAGCCUGACAGUUCGUUGGUUCCGAGCGUUCCCGCGGUGUCGGUGCACAGAGAUGAGCAGAAUCUACUCUUGGUCCAUACUCCUGACAUGCCUGAGAAUCCACGGGUCCUCCGAGUGGUCCUCCUGGGAGCCCCAAAUGCAGGGAAGUCAACACUCUCCAAUCAGCUGCUGGGCCGUAAAGUGUUUCCUGUCUCAAAGAAGGUGCACACCACUCGAUGUCAAGCUCUGGGAGUCAUCACAGAGAAGGAGACCCAGGUGAUUCUGCUUGACACACCUGGCAUCAUCAGUCCUGUUAAACAGAAGAGGCACCACCUGGAGCGCUCUCUGCUGGAAGAUCCAUGGACAAGCAUGGAAUCUGCUGAUCUUGUUGUAGUUCUUGUGGAUGUGUCAGACAAGUGGACCAGGAGCCAGCUAAGCCCCCAGGUGCUGCAGUGCUUGACCAAGUUCUCCCAGGUCCCUAGCAUCCUCGUCUUAAACAAGGUAGAUUGCCUGAAGCAGAAGUCAGUUCUCCUGGAGCUGACCGCAGCCCUCACUGAAGGUGUAGUCAAUGGCAAGAAGCUUAAUAUCAAGCAGGCCUUGCGCUCACACCCUGGCACCCACUGUUCUGGCCCUGAAACUAAGGACCCAAAUGCACACUCAGUGAGAAACCCUCAGAAAAUUGGCUGGCCCUACUUCCAGGAAAUCUUCAUGUUAUCAGCACUAAACAACAAGGAUGUGAACACAUUGAAGCAGUACCUUCUGGCACAGGCCCAGCCAGGACCCUGGGAGUUCCAUAGUGGCGUCCUCACUAGCCAGACACCUGAAGAGAUCUGUGCCAAUAAAAUCAGAGAGAAGCUCCUAGAGUACCUGCCUGAGGAGGUGCCCUACAGUGUGCAGCAGAAGACAGUGAUAUGGGAGGAAGGACCAAGUGGGGAGCUAGUGAUCCAACAGAACCUUCUGGUGCCCAAAGAAUCUCACGUGCGGAUCCUGAUUGGUCAGAAGGGCCUCUUGAUCUCCCAGAUUGCACAGGAGGUAGGCCGAGACCUCAUGGACAUCUUCCACUGUGACGUUCUCAUCCGCCUCUCUGUGAAACUCCUCAAAUGACCAUCCUUUGUUGUUCUCCCAGUGGAUCCCUGCUCAAGCUGCUGGCAGACUCACUGACUAGAGCUCCCCCUGUCAGAGGGGUCUAGAGGACUGGGAGGGUCAUGGAUAUUGACUGGCUGCUAGCCAGCCUGGCGUUGCUGAGUCUGCACAGUGCCUGCUCAACCAUGUUUCCAUUGGAGGAGAGAAGCUGCCUUAGCUCAGUUCUCAGGUAGUUCCUCUGCCUAGGGUCUGAGUUCUAUAGGGCACAUGCUAAACCACAUCCUCAAACCCCAUGGUUAUAAGUCACAUCCCCAGGUUGUAAGCACAUCCUCUGCUAGCCUUGGAACCAAACCCUUGCCCUGAGUGUCCAGUUGUUGGUAGGAACACAA